AUGCUCAGCUGGGCCGGGCCAGUGAUCGUGCUACUGCUCCGUUGGGGCGUUGGCAGCGCAGCAGCCUACACGGAGGAGCUUGCGCUGCAGCAGCUGAGCGAUGGCUCUGUGCUGGCGCACUUUGAGUUCAGCGCUGCGGCCCCGCUGCACGCCGAGCACGCGGGGAGCUUCCCGGCGGCGCUGCUGGCGCUGGCGCGGCGGCACGGCGUGCGCCAGCUGGAGCUGUCUCUCACGCAAGGGCGCUGGACCUGGGAGCAGCAGCGGCAGGUGGCGGCAGGAGCUGGCGGUUCCGCAGCGGCGUCCAGGCCGGCCGGCUUAGAGCUCAAGGUGUCUUUCGAUGGGAGCACCAGGGACACGCAGGCAGCCUACUCAGCGCUCACCCAAGCGCUAGGGGGCAUGCUGUGCGCCGGCAUCGCCACGGCGCCACGGCUGGCGGUGAUGGCGGCCCCGGCGGUCGGCUGGUUUGCGCAGCAGCAGCCGGCGGCGGUGGGAGGAGGCGCUGCCAGCAGCGGCAAGCAGCGGCGGCAGGGGCAGCGCGCGCAGCAGAUCUAUGCCUGGCUGCCGCAGGAGGGCUUGUGCUCCGAGAACCUGGCCGCCUGGCGGCGCCUGCUGCCCUGCCGCCACCACGCCGGCCUCGGGGCGCUGCUUCAGCCGGUGCAGCUGGCGGCGGCGCCUUACCACUCCCUGGGCCUGCAGCUUUGGGUGCCGCAGGGCGCCCCGCUCGCCAACGCCAGCGCCAGCGCCAGCAGCGCCAGCGCCAGAAGCCAGGGAGGCCAGCAGGAGUGGCUGGAGCUUCGGCAGGUGCUCACCGCAGUGCUGCCGGCGGCAGACCAGCAGGAGCAGCAGCAGGAGCAGCAGGGGCGGGGCCUGCUGGAGGCACUGUUUGGCAGCAGCCCGCCUGCUGCCUGCCCGGCAGCUGACAGCAGCACUCUGUACCUGCCGGGAGGGCGCAGCGCCGCCGCCGCCCACUACAUGGCCAAGGCGGUGGCUGCCAGCCGCGGCGCGUGCAGGCAGCACGACACGCCUGCUGGGCCCCUGCUGGCAUGUGACAUCGCGCAGCAGGUGCAGCAGGCACAGCAGCCAGAGCAGCAGCAGGCACAGAUUAGUGGACAGCAGCAGCAGCAGCACCUCCACCCGCCAGCCAGCCUGCUGCAGGCCGGCCAAGGGGGCGGCGCGGAAGGCGGCCCGCCGCAGGCCGGCGCCCUGCACCUGCUGCCUCUGCAGGUGGUGCAGCACACCAUCCAGCGGGGCCCCCUGUCGGGCACGCUGGUUGUGGGCAUUCGGGUGCCGGCUGCGGCUGCGGCAAGAGCGGCGGCGGAGGCGGCGGGGCCGCAGCUGCUGCUGCAUGUCAUGCAGCUGCUGCCCUGGCAGCUGAGGGUGGAUGCCACCAGCCUGCAGGUGUUGCUGGACGGCCAGCCCCUCCACCCACGCAGCCCCCAGCUUGUGUGGCAGUCGCUGGAUGUGCGGCCAGACCGCACCGCCACGCUCGAGCUGCUCCUCCGCCUGCCCUCCACCGCUGCUGCCCCCGCUGGCAGCGACGCCUUGCAGGCGGGCAGGUGGCACGAGGUGCGGGUGCAGGUGGGCUACCGAGCCGCAUUUGUGAGCGUGUUUGAUCACGCCCCAGACGCAUCCCGCGGGGUGGACAUCCCUCCCGCCCUAGCCACGCUGGCACCCGACCACGCCUGCACCAGCCCCAGCAGCCCCAGCAGCAGCAGCGGCGACGGCAGCAGCGGCCCGGCGGCGCCGCCGCUGCUGCGGCGCCUGCAGGCAGGCUGCGCGCCUCGCCAGCAGUACAGCGGCUCUGGCGGCGGCGGCCUGGCGCCGCUGCCCCUCCCCGACCUCUCCAUGCCCUUCAACGUCAUCUGCUUCACAUCCACCCUGCUGGCCAUCCUGCUGGGCGGCGUGGCAAACGUGGUGCUCAGGAGCCCAGCGGAGCUGGCAGGCCAGGCGGCGAGCGAAGGCGGCGCCCCUGCCUGGAGGCGCAAGCUGCGGCGCGUGGCGGCGCUGCUGCUGCCGAUGUGCGUGCUGGCUGUGUACCUGGACCGCGACCUGCAGCGCCAGCUGGAGGGAUGGGCGCACCAGCUAGUGCAUGUGCGCGCGCGGGCGCCGGAGCAGCACGGCGAGCUGUGA